AUGCUCCAGGAUGAGAAUGAUAGCGGAUGGAAAGAUGCCCAACUUGAUACAUAUCUAUCCGAGCGGCUUUCCGGCGGCACUGCUUCAGCAGCCCGGAACUGCCUCGAUCUCAUCCGGCGCCAGAUCGUCAAGCUCUUGGAAGUGAGCGAGUCGUUCACAUAUAUUGCGGCAGAGGUAGAAGAAGAUGAGACGCUCUCCUUCAAGAGGAGGGCAUGCCGAAUCGACAAGAAGAUCGACAUGGCAUGUUCAAAAGGCCGCAUUGAGACAGCGCUGAAGAAUCUCAGAGAUCGCACCAAAGACUUCCGUGUCCUAGUGCAGCAGACGGAGCGUCUGGCGGAACGGCGCGCUCCUCAAGAACCCAGCCGAUUCGCAAAAGCAAAACUAGAGCGCUUCAAAAUCGUCAAGUCCGCCGCAAACAAUCUUUACGCAGCCUUCGGCCAGGCCUGCACAAAGCACACAGAACACAAGGGCUAUAUAGGCCUCCAACCGACGCACAAUGGUUCUGACCACGUCAAUUUCGUUCUUGCCUUCAGAUCUCUUACCAUCCAGUCCACAUCAUCGAAGGGGCCAGACCCUCCAGGGGCGGACGUCGUCUGGUUCACCAUUGAAUCAACUAUCACUGCAAGUAUCCGGCCCCUCAAAUCUAAUGGUGUGCUAGAGUCGGUGACCAAGCGAGCGAUAGACGCUUCCUCGGAGGAUCCAAAAGCCUCCGCUGAUGCUGUGCAAAAGAAGAAGAAGCAAAGAAAAAAAACUGCUUCUUUCCAAUCAAUCCCCCCUGACUGCCGCCUGAUGUGGCCGCCAUGCGCUUCACAAAGGGUACCUUCAUUGGAGACCCUGGCCAAUUUGUGCAGCCAUAACAACUUUUGCAAUCAAAUGCAGAAGGUUUUCGGGCAAUCCAAACUCCCCCCAGGCAGACGCAUCGGAUAUCUAGAGACGAGCGACAGCUCGAAGCUCCUAGUAUACAUCCAUUCCAGAAUGGAGAUGGUCACCCCGGUCACCAGAAGGGUCGAAAUAAGGGCAUUGAGCGAAUUGCUGAAGGAAACAGCCCGUUCAAUGCAACAGGGUUACUUUCUAGGUCCCCACUGGAGGAUCCAUGUCGGCAAACAAAUGGCGCUGGCUCUGUUGCGGUUUCAUGGGACUUGCUGGUUGAAAGAAUCUUGGUCAAGCGAUGACAUUAUGAUAUCGAACUUGGAUGAAGACCAAGGCAGUGAUUCACCGCAUAGCGAUGACUCUGCAGAAGAAUCAUACGCUAAUGUUUCAAUUCAACGACAAGGACUUGCUGUGAGAUCACUGACUUUUUCACUGCGAAGAGCUUGCUUUUCAGUGUCUCCGCGGAACUGGGGGAAAAGUUCGCGGAAGCCGUACGGAAGUGUAUCGAAUGUGAUUUUGGUCAAGGAAAUGAUGUCGCCUCGGACAGGUUGCAGACAAGCUUUUACCAAUAUAUCAUCUGCGAGCUAG